GGGGGGCCCUGAAAGGCCCUGUGGGGAAUUUAAAGCCAUGGCCACCCGGCGUUUAACUGACGCGUUCUUGUUGUUGCGGAACAACGCGAUCCAAAGCCGGCAGCUGCUGGCCGAGCAAGUGAGUAGUUACGGCUCCUCCAGCCCUCUGACUUCACGUAGCAUGGCUGCUGCGCUUGCCGAUGAUCGCAUGGCACUGGUCUCGGGGAUCAGUUUAGAUCCUGAAGCUGCUAUCUGUGUAACGAAGAGGCUGCCCCCGAAGUGGGUUGACGGUGUGGAAGAAAUUCAAUAUGAAAUCUCCAGGGUAAAACAGAAGAUGAAAGAAUUAGCCAGUCUCCACGACAAGCAUUUAAACCGACCAACUCUGGAUGACAGCAGCGAAGAAGAGCAUGCGAUAGAAAUCACCACCCAGGAGAUCACACAGCUAUUCCACAGGUGUCAGAGGGCCAUUCAGACGUUACACAGCAGAUCUCGAGGCUGUACGGAGCAAGAGCAGCGGCUUCUCAAGAACGUUGUUUCUUCCUUGGCCCAGUCCCUUCAGGAUCUCUCUACCAAUUUUAGGCACGGGCAGUCUGACUAUCUCAAACGUAUGAAGAAUCGAGAAGAAAGAUCCAAACAUUUCUUUGGUACUUCAGUCCCCCUUAUGGAUGAUGGCGAGAACAAUACGAUAUAUGAUCGAGGCUUCACAGAUGACCAGCUAGUAUUGGUGGAACAAAACACGCUGCUGGUGGAAGAGCGGGAGCGAGAAAUCCGGCAAAUUGUACAGUCUAUUUCCGAUCUCAAUGAAAUUUUUAGGGAUUUGGGAGCAAUGAUAGUAGAACAGGGUACUGUUCUGGAUACGAUCGACUACAAUGUUGAACAAUCAUGUGUUAAAACAGAAGAGGGCUUGAAACAGCUACACAAGACUGAGCAGUACCAAAAGAAGAACCGGAAGAUGCUUGUUAUUUUAAUUUUAUUUGUAGUAGUCGUUGUCCUUAUCAUUGUUCUCAUUGGUGUUAAAUUUCGCUAG